GGCCAGCGCGUGUUCCGGCCGCAGGGCUUCCUGGUUGGCGCUUCCUGGUGGCACCGGCAAUACUGGUCAACUUUCUUUCCAAAAUGUUUGGGUAUGAAGACCUAGACGCGUACGAAGAAGGGUAUGAAGAUGACCUUUAUCGUGAAGAGUCAUCUAGCGAACUGAGUGUGGACAGUGAAGUAGAAUUUCAUCUCUAUAGCCAGGUCCAUUAUGCUCAGAAUCUUGGGGAAAUCAAUGGACAGGAAGAGAAUGAGCAAGUGGGUUCUGUUAAGAAAGAAGGUCAAAGUUCAGUUUUGACCAAUAAACUGGCUUGGGAAAAGAAUAUUAUUGAACUGUCAGACAGUGAUUUCAUUCAGAUUUCAGAUGGUCCUGAGGUCAUUAUCUUGUCUGACACAGCCGAUGAAGACAGCAUUUACAAAAGUAAAGUGAAGACAGCAACCUCAUCAUUACCAAAUAAAAAAUCUAAUUGUCCAGGAAACUCCACAAGGAACCAUGCCAGAGUUUCUAAACAUAAUUCCAUGGCUUCUAACAGAUUGGUGGCAGAAACUUCAUGCAAAGAGAAAAUGGCGCAUGUGAAAUCUAAUUCAAUUUCUAUUGGGGCUUCCAUGGUCCAAGAAAUUCUGGUAAUAGAAGAUAGCUCAAAUGGGGAGGCAGAGGAAGAGAAGGAAAGCACAGUUUCUGAAAGUGAUAACUUGGAGAGCUGGAUGCUUUUGGAAUAUGAUAAAGAUGACAAAGAUGAAGAUAUCAUUUUGAACAUUGAAGGCUGUGGAACUUCUGUCAGCGAAGGAGAAAGUGGAGUAAACUGGUCCAUCAGUGACAAAGAUUUGGAGGCACAGAUCUGUAACUAUCCAUCUCUGAGGCGUAACAACAGAUACUACACGACAGACAAAAAUGUUACCUGUAGAAAUUGCAAUAAACAGGGCCAUUUGUCCAAAAACUGUCCUACUCCAAAGAAAAUGCCUCCUUGUUGCCUCUGCUCAGAGAGAGGUCACUUACAAAACACCUGCCCAGCACGGUUUUGUUUAAAUUGCUGUUUGCCUGGACACUACUCUAAGGAAUGCCUUGAGAGGGCUUAUUGGAGUAAGCGUUGUAAUCGCUGUGAUAUGAAAGGCCAUUACGCUGAUGCUUGCCCAGAAAUAUGGAGGCAGUAUCACCUAACAACCAAACCAGGACCAAUCAAGAAGGCCAGUUCUUCUGAGUAUUCAGUCAUAGCAUAUUGCUACAAUUGUUCCCGGAAAGGACAUUACGGAUAUGAAUGCUCAGAGAGACGGAUGUAUGGUGGAGUAUUCCCCUCGUCUCCAUUCAUCUACUACUAUGACAAUGAGUAUGACAUCAAAAGCAGAGCUAAGAGGCUAAAGAGAAAGGUUGAAGAACUGCAGGAAGUAGGCCUUCUGCCAGUAGAAUUCAAGAGACCAUGCAUGGAGGAAGAGCACAUGAGGCAUUGCCAUAAGAAAAAGAAAAAGCUUUGGAAAGAGCAUGACAAGCCUAGUAAAAAAGAAAAGCAUCACAAAAAACCCAAGAAAAAGUCCCAGGCAGACAAACACAAAGACAAGAAGCAGAGGAAAAGUAUUCAAAAGAAUCAAGAUGGAGAGGAGGACUUUCCUAGAGGAUGCAAAGCACAUGUGCCUAAAGCUAGCAAAAAGUAUCGUCGCUCUGUCUUCCAGCCACAUAGUGACAAAAUGAAAAACACCCAGGAACUUGCAGAGGCAGUUAAAAAGAAGAAAAAAAAACAGCAAAAUGAGAGAGACUGGAAUCCCACCACUCAUGAGAACUUAUUCCUUAUAAAACAAAGGAACAAAAAAUGCAAACAGAAAUCCAGAUACUAAUCUGGUAACAAACCUGGGUGUGGGGAGUAGGGCUUCACUCAUCACCACUUUGCCAUGGUAUUUUUUUGACCCUCUGCUAAGAAUUUAAUGUAAGAUUUGAAUGCAUGUCAAACCAGGAUGUGUAAAGACAAGGAGCACAAAGCCUGUGACACUGUUCCUUGGAGAGAGUAUUUUGCCUCCCUCUGUUCUUCAGCAGUUCCAUCUGGUGAGCAUACAUAAGUGAAAUCAUACUGUAAUUUUGGUAGUCUGCGUUAGUCUAUAAGUUAACAAAAAGUUGAUUAUUUUUUGUUCGUUUGUUUGGCCUGGUGGGUUUUUUAGUUUUCAGUGUUGGGGGGAAAGGGUCCUAUAUCCCUCAGCAUGGGGCCUAUAGUUCCCUUGCCUCCUGACUUUAAAGAGAAGCUGUCACAUUGUUUGGUGGAGAGGUUGAGGAAGGACAGGGAAGAGGAAAAAAACUAUGAUACGAAAACAGUCUGCUUGGUUAAGUCAUUUUCUCUAGGGCACAGAGAAUCAUUUUCUUCCUGUUCUCCCAAGUGGAGUCUGCAGGGAGGUUAUUGUGUUGUGCUUAUGACAUGACAGUCUUCUAUCAUACAAACUCUUGUGAGGUCACAAAUCAUCAUCAUGUCACUGCAAGGUGAAGUGGCAGGCACAGAUAAAGGAGUUGAGCGUUGUUACAUAAUCUGUAUCUGCUGCGUAAAGUAUAUGGCAAGGACAUCUGUUAAUGACUUAUAACAGGCAAGCAGUUGGGUUUUCAUCUUGAAUUAAAUGUUUUACAGUUUUCCACAAUGUGGGAGUCUUGCUUUUAACAGACAGAACUACAUAAUAAGAUAUAAAACAAAAACAAUUUGCCUGCUUCCAAAAAUACAGAGCUAAAGUUUUCCUAAUUUCAUUUUUUUUAAGAAGUUGUUAUUUUUGUACUCCAGGAAUGAAACAAGUUGUCAAAAACUUUGUAAGAAUAAAUGCUGUAUUAAAAGGCUUAUCCAAUAAACUUUUACUUGGGGGCACAUGAA